CCCAUCGACGCGCUCAUGCUAUAACUAAGGGGUGGCGCCGGCGCGGGGAAGGAGACUCAGGGGAGGACUCAGCCGGCCUAUUGGGUCGGUCGGUCGGGAAGUCGUAUUGCUCUGCCUGAGAGAAUUUGCUGCAAGGGAGGAUUUCUGCAGAGUUAAGCUAGAGGGGAGAGACCCGUGCAAAGGAAUAAGUCGAGAUGACCGCGGAGGAGAAGGAGAGCCUGCGUCGCUUCGAGCGUUAUAUCGUGAAGACGCUGAAUCCUACUUAUAUACUGAGCUACAUGAAGGCCUGGUUCACCGAGGAGACCGUGGAGAAGAUCCAAGUGUUUAAGGAGACGCCCACCACUGCCGCAGAGCUGUUUCUACAAUCUAUUCUUGAACUUUCGACGCAGGGAUGGUUCCGUGGGUUUCUGGAUGCGUUGAAUGCAGCAGGUUACACUGGCCUUCAUCAAGCAAUUAAAAACUGGGAUUUCCAGAUGAUUGAAAAUUUGGAACUCCACAGAGAGUUGUUGAAACGGAUUGAGCCGUCUUUGUGGGACAUUGAUCCUGACCAAGUACUUCCCUACAUGAAGGACUGUUUCAUAGACCAGGAGUGGCAAGAAAUUCGGCAGGCUAAAACAAACCGUGGCAGAAGAGGAGGUGCAACGAAACUGUUAGAAUGCCUGUCUAGGUCAGAUAAGGAGAACUGGCCUAAAACCUUCCAGCUGGCCCUGGAGCAGGCCGAAUACUACAAUGAAAGCAAACUGUGGGACUUGAAAGGAGGUAAUGAUAAUGACACAGAUGUUGAAAUGUCAAAUGAAGAUGAGGACAACAGUGUCGUUGACAUACAGUUACAAUACUCUGAAGAGGCAGAGUUUGACGAUCUCAGUGAAACUCCGCGUUCACCUUCAAGUGCCUCUCAGCAAGCCAUUUAUGUUCCAAAAGAGGCUAGAAGCUACCAGACUGAACUUGCCCAGCCUGCACUCAAUGGCAAACAUACCAUAAUUUGCGCCCCUACUGGAUCUGGGAAGACUUUUGUGUCUGUUAUGAUAUGUGACCAUCACCUCCGUAACAGGCCUGCCGGACAGAGAGGGAAAGUGGUCUUCCUCGCUACCAAAGUCCCAGUAUAUGAGCAGCAGAAGAAAGUUUUCCAGGAGUAUUUCAAAAGAAGCGACUAUACUGUUGCAGGGAUAUGUGGGGAAAUAGCUGCGAACUGCCCUGCAGCUAUGAUUAUUGAGGGCAGUGAUAUCACGGUCAUGACGCCGCAGAUUCUUUUGAAUUGUCUCAAGGAUGGAACACUCUCUUCCCUUUCAUUAUUAACGCUGAUGAUUUUUGACGAGUGCCACAACACUAUUGGGAAUCACCCCUACAGUGUAUUGAUGUCCAGGUACUUGGACACUAAAUUUGAACAACCUGGCACCCCGCUACCUCAGAUUGUAGGAUUGACAGCUUCUCUUGGAGUGGGCAGUGCCAAGAACCUGGGGGAGACCAUAGAAUACAUUUGUAAGAUUUGUGCAUCGCUCAAUGCUGAAGCCAUAUCAACAGUCCGAGAGAACACAAAGGAACUGGAGGAAAUUGUCUACAAGCCUCAAAAAUCAAUUAGCCUUGUUAGGAAACGUCCCCAAAAUCGCUUUGUGGAGAUUAUUUGGCACAUGAUGUUUGAAACUGAAGGAUUGGCAAGAAAACUGUAUGCUAUAGAUACUUUGUCUCACAUCAAGAAUAGGAUUUUUGGAACCCAAAAAUAUGAGCAGUGGAUAGUUGAAGUACAGAAGAAAUGCUGUGUGUUAGAGCUGUCAAAUAAAGACGAAGAAAGCCGGGUUUGCAGGGCUCUUUUUAUUUACACAGAGCACCUCCGGAAAUAUAACGACGCCCUCAUUAUUAAUGAAGAUGCACGUACCAAGGAUGCAGUGGCUUAUCUGAAGGAAUUCUUUGAGAACAUGCAAAGUUGGGUACUUGAUGAAAUUGAAAAGCAGUUGGCGUCAAAUUUUGAAGCUAACUUGCCAGAGCUGAAUGCAGCUUCUCAAGAUGAAUCCUAUGAAAAUCCCAAAUUGGAAGAUGUUACAUUUAUCUUGGAAGAAGAAUACCGCUGCAAACCGCAUACUCGCACUAUUCUAUUUGUUAAGACAAGAGCACUAGCGGCUGCAUUGAAGAAUUGGAUAGAAGAAAGCCCUCAACUCCGACACCUAAAGCCAGAUGUGCUGAUGGGACGUGGGAAAAGAAAUCAAGACACAGGCAUGACCCUCCCAAAUCAAAAGGGCGUCUUGGACUCCUUCAAAACUGAUGGGGACAGCAAGAUGCUCAUAGCUACUUCUGUUGCUGAUGAAGGGAUUGACAUUGCCCAGUGCAACCUUGUCCUGCUGUACGAAUAUACGGGCAACGUCACCAAAAUGAUACAAGUCAGAGGUCGCGGAAGGGCAAAAGACAGCAAGUGCAUCCUUGUGACUAGCAAAAAAGAACAGGAGGAGAAUGAGAAAAGUAACAUGAUUAAGGAGAAGAUGAUGAACGAAGCCAUUGUGAUUGUGCAGAAUUUGAAGGAGGAAACAUUUGCACAGAAGAUAAAUGACUUCCAAAAGAUACAAAAGAAGAUGCAAGAUUCUAAGAAAAAAGAACCCCAGCCAAAGCCCCUGAAGGGUAAUAGAAGAUUGUUGUGUGUGAAAUGCAAAACGUAUGCUUGCGACACAGAGCACAUCAGAGUGAUCGAGGGAUCCCACCAUACUGUCGUAGAUGAGAAUUUCAGGAAACGGUAUAGAACAGAGCCUCACAACAAACCAAUCCACUACGGCAAUUUUGAGAAAAGAUGCAAGGUGUACUGCAAUGCUGACAAAUGCCAUCAUGACUGGGGAAUCACGGUGAAGUACAAGGCAUUUGAGGACUUGCCCAUCAUCAAAAUCGAUAGCUUUUCAGUGGAGGAUGUUGCCACAGGGAGGAGGUCAUAUUUCCGGAAAUGGAAAGAUGCUAAUUUUGCCAUGAAAGAAUUUGAUAUUGAAGAAAUGUCUGAUUGAAAUGCAGAACUGUCUGAUCUGCUGUUUAACUGAGUCCUGAAUGUACAAACCGAUCCUGCUAUUUUAAAAGUCACUUGCUGGCUUACAUAGAAAAAGGCUAAAACAUUAUGCACUUUUUCCACUUGGGGAGUAUUAAAUUCUGGAUUUCAGUGAUUGCAAAUCCAGUAUAAAAUAGCAUUGACAUCCAUUUAACUUUUAGUAGUGUUAGCUGCAUAUUAGUCAGUACAGCUUCAUGAAAUUCCAUUCUGAAAGCCUUUAUUUUAAAAAUGAAUACCCACUUGGGAGCUUGACAAUCUUACAGUACUUGACACCAAUAAAAUUGAUGUCAUUAUUAAACUGUCUAUAGCUUUGACUUCUGCAGUUGGGUUUGAGAUUGUUAUUGCUCUGGAGGGCAUCCUUUGACUGUGUGGUUUGACAUUAAAUGUUUACUUGAAA